AUGCAAAGUUUGCUAGGUAGACGUAGUAGUACCAUCUCCUCCUCAAUAUUCAAUAGAGUUGGCAAUGCCAUUAUUGCCAGCCAAAAUGGUACGAGUACUCGUAAUGGUACGAGUACUCGUACGUAUAGUAGCCAGGGCCGGGCCUCGCCAUUGGAGUACUCAUCGUCGUCAGUACUCAAGGUGAGUACUGACGAGGAGUACGCGAUGGCGGGUCUUCGAAAGGAGUUGAUGCCAAAACAUGUGGCAAUUAUGUUAGAUGGAAGUAGGAGGUGGUCUAAGGCUCAGGGGAAACCUCUUGAUUACAUGCCCGUACUUGACACUAAUGUCCGUUUUGCUGAAUUUUGUCUCAAAUGGGGGGUUGCUAUUGCUAGCUCCGGCAUGUUUUUUCUUAACAACUUGAGACGAGGCAAAGAAGCCAAUGAGUUUUUCUUUUCCCAUCUAGAAAGACAUCUGGAGUUGAACAUGGAGGAUUUUGUAAGGAAAAACAUAAGAGUGACGAUACUUGGAGACAAAACUUUACUCCCAAAAUCGUUACAAGACAUAAUGAAACAAGUGGAAGAGGCAACAAGUAGCUCAGAAACAAAGGCACAAGUCGAGUUUAAGUUAGCAAUAUGUUACGCAGGUUCAAGAGACAUAGUGCUUGCUACAAGGAGGUUGUGUGAGAAGGCCAAGGCCGGGCUAAUUGAGCCCGAUGCUGUCGACGAGGCCUUGUUUGAUCAAGAGCUUUCGACACGUGGCACUCCUCCGCCGGACUUUUGCAUCCGAACCGGUGGUCAUCUCCGUCUUAGCGACUGUUUGACAUGGCAAUUUGCCAAUACUGAGUUGUACUUCACGGACAUAUAUGGGCCAGAGUUUACAGAAGAUGAGUUUCUCAAAGCUAUGCGCUCCUAUCAGCAAAGGGUUAGAAACUUUGGCAAAUAG